ACGACGACCCUGCAUACCAGAUCUUAUCAAGACAGUCAGUGUGCAAAAGUCGACAAUUACUACACUCGGUUUGCGUGUGGCUCUGCAUCUGUAGCUUCCUACCCAGUCUAACCAAGUCCGCCAUAUAAAGAAGACCCUGCCGACGUGAGGAGGGAUUUAGUAUAAACAAACAGUUCAACGUUACGUCGUGACGUCCAGUUCAGGACAGUAACGUUAACAUGACGCUGACGUCGCGUGUGAUUGUAACGCUUUGUAUAUUUCUGCUGAUCUCGUUAACUGAACGGCGGUCUCUAGCCUCAGAUCUUACCCAGUUAGAAAACGACAGCGAGGAGGCUCUCCUGAGGAAGUUAAUAGCUGAACUGGAGGAGGUACAGGCAGGAGAAGAGUUACAAGCACUUUCAAGGGGGGUUGGCAAUACUGAUGCUAAAACCGAAAAUAAAGAGACCGACGAAGAUAUGUUACAUAAACUUAAGGCACAAACAGACCGUGACAAGGACAAAUACCGUCACCAAAAAGCGGCCACAACAACCGCUGAUUCAAAUUCAGCCACGACGGAAACUCCCAUGCGGACCACUUCAACAACUACCAGACCGCCUGUUACAACAACUACCACAACAACUACCACGACAACAUCAACGGCGACAUCAUCAGCAACAACAGCAACAACAAAGCCAAAGACCUCGUCAACAAUGUCAUCAGCAGCUCCACCAGCAACAACAACGUCCACAACAACCACCUCGUAUCCCACCGCCACCACCAGAGUAACACCUCCAUUCACAUCCACUGCACGCCCUCCCGAUGACUUUGACAUGGUCAUCUCCAUAAUGGAGCUGGUCAGAAAAUGGCGGAAGGCUGGUCUGCUCGCACCACUGGCACCGAACGCUAAAAGCAUAGAUAAACCGACAGAAGUUUCGCCGCACGCCAACAAAUAUGCCGAAAGUAGCAAGAGCAGCGAAGCUGAUGUGACUGAAGAAGCAACGUCAACCACGACUGUCCCUUCGACAUCUUCAACAAAUCUUCCUCCAACUUCUACCAAGUUACCUUCCACAAGGAUGGCCGCCACAGCCAGUGACCAGACGACAGUAACUAUGGAAACUGCCUCAACGAUAGAUGUCACUAGUGUGCCUACUCCAGCUGAAACAACGGAUGGCGCUUCGGCUAACGUGAGCAAAAAGUCAGAGUCAGAUGUCUUGUUAGAACUGGCAGAAACAUCUGGCAAAGAGCACAAUUCUAAGAGUGAAUCGCCUGAAGACGACAGCGAAAAGACCAAUAAGGACAAAGAAAAAAGACUGCUUCUUCGUCUUCUUAUUAAAAAGCUGAAUAAUGCUGGCAAGACACGGGAAGAAUUGGUGUGGCCUCACGGAAACUGGGGACUGCCUCGUCUUGGCAACCAGCGCUGCCCUGGCGAGUCCCCCGUCUGGAGUAUGGGCACAAGGACGCAGGAUACGGAGAACGACAUGCCGGGCAACAAGAUGUCCCUAGCGUACCCAUCUCUGGUAGGCGGGAACCCUGGGAAGAGCGUGAUGACGCAAUCCUUCUGCAUGAAGUCUGAUGUCACAGAUGACGGUGACCCUGUCACGUGGCCCGCUGGCGAAUACUGUAUUUAUAGGUACAAGGGAUCAUGUCCUAAAGACUUCGACGUCGGAUUCAUCCAAUGGGACGAUGAAAACACCAACAACAAAAACAGCCGAUCUGGCGAACUUCCAGACGGUAUAUACGGUACGAACACCCAGAUCGAGUUCUGCUGCAGAACUGACGGCAAAUGGUCUGAUGACGUCACUCUCCCCACCGCAGAACCCUUCCUCCUUUUACAGAAGAACCCCAUGGACUGUCAGCGGGUAGCGGGCAUGGAUGCGAGCCAGACGUGGUUUCAGUGGGACACGGAAGACGAGACGCGCGGCGCCAGCUCAGCGGGAUCUGUCCCUUAUAACGGAGUCACGAAGGACGGGGAGGUUAAGCUUCACUACUGCACUUAUUUUCCUUCUAAGCGUCGAUGAUUUCAUUUCGACCCUUUUUUCUACAAAAUGCUCAUUUCUUUUAUUAAUCUUUAAAAACGGUCUUGUUAUCAUUUACUCGCGCGUGUAGCAUCGUCUCUUUCACAAUAAUAGCGUUAGUUCUGAAAAAUAGGUUCGUAAUCUUGAAUGAACUGGAAAUCGGUUCGAAUAUUACGAAACUUCACGGUAUGUAGGCGUCUUGAUCAACAGAGGUUGUGCAUCAGCGCCUCAAAUCAAAACUUAGUAUCGAUCUGCCAUAGAUUGAAACAGUAAACAAAUUUCAUCAAAAUUUUCCUGGUUAGUAUAGGUUUUAAUAAAUAAAUUAGUUAAUUGAUAAUAAGAAUAUAAAUGGUGGUGUGAAAGGAAUGACAGUCUGCUAGGAACCGUAGAGACGGUUUCACUUUACUUAUAUAGGCGACUUUCGCCUUGUACAUUUGUAUUUAGCCGGAUAUUACCGGUCUACCCUUUUAAUCGUAUGAGAUCCCAGACUUAAAUUCUAUUCCUGGGACUAGCAUUCCCUCCACACCGCGUAGUUUGUUUUGUUAUUACCGCGCAAACCCGAAAAAUAUACAUUCUAUUUUCUAUUGGAAAAGUACGACAUAUUGGAAUAAUGCCGUGACGGUAGUUAGCAUCGAGUAUUUUUAGAUAAGUGAUGCAUGAGAAUUCUGUGCCGGGAAAAGUGCUAAUAUUAGUUUUUCUUUCUAGCCAUACUUCAGCCUAUAGCCAUUUUACACCAUGGCCAGUCACUCUAGUAAAUCAACCUUUUCAAGUUUCACGAGCAUCAUAGUAUAUAAUUUUUUCUCGCGUUUAAAUAUCAACUUACCUCAGAUUUUUAAAUUUUUAUAAUAAUCAUAUUAUUACCAAUUGUGUAAAAUACGCGUGUAUGUAAGCACAAAGUCUUUUGAUAAUGUCGAAGAGGUCCUUGUUAGUUUAAGGUAAAAGCGGCGAAUUGUUGUCAGAAAAUGCUCCCUGUCAUCGGUUCCCCCUGGUGCUACAUGUAUUUACAUUACUUUUUGUGCUAGAGUCGAAAUAUACAAGAUACUU